AUGGCGUUCUCAUUUAGUCACGCUCUACGCUCCGUCUGGCAUACUAUGACCAGCUACGAUCGACAUGCAACCAUCGACUCACCGUACCGAACCGGACGCCAUACUCCUCUCGUCAGUAAUCGAAACAGCGUUCUCACGUCCGUCGCCACAGCGUCCGAAUCGCACACACAUAUCGCGUCGCCGUAUCUCGACGAGAAUGGUCAGUCCUUAUCGCGGGAGAAUAGCCACUCUCAGUUCAAUGGAGCAGGCUCAGUUUCUCCAUACACACCCUCGAGUCCCGCUCCUUAUUCGCCCGGGAUGAGGUCACAGUCCGCCCGCCGGGAAAGCCAGGCCGAUGGUUUCGAGAUGCAGGGCUCCGGCGAUGUUCCCAUGCAGUCUUUCCAGGACGGCCUACCCCCACCGCCUCCCGUCUCCCACUCGUGGCGCAAGAUCGAUGCGUGGGCCGAAGAGAACUAUCCCGAACUGUACGACCAGCUUUGUGAAGGGGCUACUCGCAAUGAUCUCAACGAGUUGGAGCACCAGCUCGACUGCACACUUCCUCAGGAUGUACGCGAGUCUCUGAUGGUCCACGAUGGCCAAGAACGCUGGGGAACCCCGACCGGCAUCAUCUUCGGCUCGAUGCUCCUCGACUGCGAGGAGCUCGUGCAAGAAUGGGAGACCUGGCGCAAGGUGAAUCAACAGUUCCUUUUGGACACCGCUGGUCCCAGGCCCGCCGCCCCCACCAGUCAGGCGUCCUCUUCGACGGCUCCCCCCGCCCGGGCAGGCCCCAACAACCCGGCGUGGCGGCAGGACCUCCUUGGUCGCCAAGAUUCAGUGCCUCCCGGUGCCAUUCAGAAGGCAUAUGCCCACCCAGGUUGGAUUCCUCUUGUGAGGGACUGGGGUGGCAAUAACCUAGCUGUCGACGUGGCGCCCGGUCCUAAUGGGAAAUGGGGCCAGAUAAUCCUUUUCGGUCGCGAUUAUGACACGAAGUAUGUCGUGGCCCGCUCCUGGGCGCACUUCCUUGGCAUCGUGGCCGACGACCUUUACAGCGGCAAAUGGUUUGUGGACGAAGAGACCAACGAGCUCAAGCUGCGGGAGUUCAGGGAAACACGAGUGGAGCCUCCCUACUUCAGCAUCUUGCGGUGGCGCAUGGAUCAGAAGCACGGCCGCAAGGUCGCCAACCGGAAAUCCCGCGUGCCCCCUAACCGAACUGCAUCGCCCGUAGGAUCAGGCGCAAAUUCGCCAUAUACUAGCCCCACCGAGCCUUCCAAUGCUGAGCCCCGGGGCCGGUCUAUGCAGCGCCUCAGCAGCUCGAGUCCCCUCGCCAGCCCCCGACCCGCUAUCGGCAAACCGAGUCCCCUGGCACGCGUAACCGAAGAAACAGCUCUGCCUGACCUGGCCGAGAGCAGUUUGAACCCCGCUAAUCUGGUUGAACUGGAAACACCUCGCCCUAGUGAGGAUGAGGUCAAGCAAACCCCGUCCCAGACGUCUCUUUUACCUGGUUCCGAUUCCAACGAGGGGAAGAAUGGCAAGGAAACUGCGCCUCCGCCAGCCAGCGGGAACAAGGGUGCCGAAGCGGCGUCGGAGCCGAUGAAAGAAAUCGAAAUAUAG